GCCAUCUACACCCUCCCUACAUACUGUGCUCCUCUCAUCACUUGUCUUCCUGGCAGCACAACCUAUCAUGGCACAACAGACUAAUGCCGCACGCGUCCUCAUCUAUUCGGCGACGGCGGACUUCCGGCACGAUUCGAUUCCCACCGCCGUGGACGCACUUGUACAGCAUGGACCGGGCACUAAUAUCUCAUUCGACCACACAGAAGAUAAGACGUGGUUCACAGACGAUACCCUGGCACAGUAUGACGCUGUCCUAUUCUUGAUGAACACCGGUGAAGUAUUGGACGACUCUGGAAAGACUGCACUGCGCAAAUACCUGGACUUCGGCGGCAACUUCGUUGCUAUACAUGCGGCAUCGGAUGCACUGCGGAAUACCACAUGGUACCAAAAUGAAGUCGGUGCUGCGUUCGACUAUCAUCCCGCUUUGACCAAUGCCACAGUCGAUGUCAUUGGCCCCCCUCAUCCUAGUACCGCAGGUCUCCCACAGGAAUGGUCUGUGCAAGACGAAAUGUACAAUUUCAAGUCAGAUCCUCGAGCCAUCGGAGCUGUAGUUAUCCUAUCUACGAACGAAUCCAGUUACACAGACCCCGGACCGCGCAAAUUCGACCAAGGCACCCCUCAUCCUACCGCUUGGUUCCAAGAACACGGCGCAGGUAUCGAUGCAAACGGUACCGCUGGUCGUAGCUUUUACACAAGCCUUGGGCACAUGAACGAGACAUGGCAGGACUCGUUGUUCAUGGGACAUGUUAUGGGUGGUAUCACUUGGACGCUGCAAUCCAACACUACUCGUGCGUUCAACGCGACCGCGAAAGUCGGAAAUGGGCCUUCAGGCUCCAACAGUACUUCCACUGCGUCUGGCUCGACCACUGGGACGUCCUCUCAUACCAGUCCUAGUUCGACGGAUGCAAGCCCGAAUUCGGGUGCCUCACUUGCAACACCAGCCGGGAUCUCUCUCCUGGGUUUGGGAAUCUUCGUCUCGUAUCUUUGGACGAUGUUGAUUUAGCCCGAGUAUUGCAUGUAAUGCACGUCACGCAACUUGGAAGCCGUGGACGUGGCAUUGGACAUUUGAAUUGUGGAUGCACCCCGAGAAGCCCUGCCGACUUGCUGCAGGAAAUGUUUAAAUGGAGACAUUGACCAAAAGUGCAACGCAAU